AUGGCUGACUGUUCGACUGAUGGUGGUUAUUCUACUAAACCAAUUGAUAUUCUUACUGAUUGUACAUCAACUAGUUCAUCAUUGAAAAUGAUGACUACUGAACGAUCGAAAAAUAUUACUCUUUCUGCUGAUGCGCAUUUUUAUCUAUCUUAUAGAGGAAAUGCUUGGUUAUCAUUAAAUGAUCCUGCACAACCAGGCCUUGAUUGGUCUAUUGUAACAUACACUGAUCUUCGUAAACGACCAGAUGGUUUCAUUAAUACUCCACCUGUUGCCAAGGUUGUUUCUCCACAAUAUACCAUUGUGAAUAAAACAAUACAAAUAAAGAUUCCUGUGUCAGAUGCGAAUGCUGGUGAUGAUGUUGAAGAUUUUAUCAAUGAAACAAGUAUGACACCAAUGAGUUCUGUACCAGUUCAAUUUUUGAUUUAUGUUCAACCACAACCAGCUUGUUCAAUCGAACCUGUGAUUAUUCCUCUAGAUCGUUGUCUAGAAGUACAAGCUGGUGUUACAAUCAGCUUUAAUCUAUCUGCAAUAAACUUAUGUGAUCAGAGUGUGGCUACACUUAUUGCUAUCAUUGUUUCCAGUGGAAUUAGUGGUGUGACUUAUGGUAAUCUUACACAUUCAUCAACAAACUCAUCAAUCUAUUAUGUCAUGUUCACUUGGACACCACAGGCAAAUCAAAUUGGAGUACAGCAAUUAUGUACAGUUGCAUAUACGAGGUAUAAUUUUUCUUGA